AUGCGUUACAAUAAACUUUUAUAUAAGUGUCCCAAAUGUCUGAAAUCUUUUAUCAAGAAAAGAAUAUUAGAUUAUCAUGUAAAAUAUUGCUGGUUAGAGGAUGAAAAUAAUUAUGAAUGCUUGCUUUGUGGUUCAAUGUGCAAUUCUUAUAUGGACUUUGUUACUCACAUGAAAGUACAUGAAAAUGAGCUGAUGCAUAGGUGUCCAUUUUGCGGUCAGUACUUUCUUUCGCUCAUGGCUCUCAAAAAACAUGAACGAUGGCACAAGGAAAGGCAGCUUUCAUCACUUACAUCUGCUGAUCAGUUCUCAAGGGAAGCAGAUUCUCAGAACCAUGUGCAGGCACCCAGUAAGGAAUUUUACUGUCCUUAUUGCCGUAAAAUCUUCGGUUCCAGAUCUUUUGUGGUCCACAAUGAGCAUAACAGUGAAGUAUUAGGAAGGACAUUUCAGUGCCGGCUGUGUGGCUUGUAUUUCCUUCAUCGGUGUGAGUUUAUGGAGCACAACAGAGAACAUAAACGAUUUGACAAAAAACUGAGAAAUUUAGUUCGAAGAAAGCUACAAAAAUGGGUUGUAUUAAUGCCUUCUGGUGAGUAUAUUUAUUGCGGAUUGUGCGGGAAAAGUUACAAGAUAUUAGAUGAAGUUAUUAGCCACCUUGAAAGUCAUUUCAAAGAAUUUGUUGAUCACAAGAGACUACAAAAGUCAGCUUCCUAUAGUCUGCCUCUAAACAAUAAAAGCUGGGAAACGGCAGCCCUGCUACAGUGUAUUGACGAGAUAAGCCCAAGGAAACUCCCAAAGGAUAUUUUUUUAGCAGAUUCAAAUAAUGUAAAACAAAAUUACAAGCCACUUUCCAACACAGAAAAAGAAAGAGAUUUUGAUGACCAGCUAACUGUGUGUCAGUCAGAUAAUAAUUUCUAUUUAGAAAAGGAUUGUCAGUCAAGUCGAGGUUCUGUUACUUAUGGAACGGAUGUUUUUGAUGUAGUGAGCAAUAUUAAACCAAAAUUAUCAUUUGAAGAGCCUGGGAAAGAUGUGUAUAAUUGCAGUUCUCCAAGUGAAAGUCAGGUUACUAAACAUUUUGGUAAUGACGGUUUCUCAGGUACAGACCAAUUGAUUGAUUCCUUAAUGAAAAAUUCCAAAGAAAUCCCAGCUACGCAAAAGAUUCUGGAUUAUGAAAUAGGUAAUUCAUUAACUGUAGACACAAAUACCUGUGAAAGUAAUUCGAAAGAAAGUGCUUUAUUGAAGAAUGAUAAGAAAGAGGUAUGUUUGAAAGGCAAUGAGACAACUGCAAAUAUUGUCUCGGUGACAAGUACUAUAAAAGAUAUGGAUGUUGUAGGUAAGGCAUAUGCAGACCUCAAUCAAGCAAAGUCUGAGAGGACUUCAGAACAUUUGUGUCAAAGCGGAGAUGAUAGCCUCAAGUCCAAAAGUGAGUUUUUGAAGUGCCCAGCAUGUCAUCUGUCCUUUGAAAGACAGGCAUUUGUUUCCCACAUCAUUCUACAUGAAAAAGAAAGCUGGUUUAUAUGUCACGAUUGUGGUUUGUCAUUUUGGUGUCGAGAAAAUCUUAGAAAUCAUCGCUUGUCUAACCAUCUAGAAGCAGGAAGUCACUCAGCAAAGACGGUCAAGGUUGCAAGUUAUGAGGAAGAGAUGGAAUAUGUUGUUAAGUUAAAAAAGAAAAAUGAGGUUAAUAUUAACCCAGAUGGAAAAAAAUAUAAUUGUAAUUCGUGUGGUUUUGAUUGUUCAAGGUGGGGGGAUUUUUUAAAUCAUAUUUUUCAGGAAAAAGAAAGCGAGCUUUGUUGCCUAGAGCAGAAUAUCUCUAAUUUGAAUGAAAAUCAAAAAUCCAUACUGAAGAGAACUCAUGAAGAGCAUGUGCACAAUGAAGAGAUGUUGAUUUCAAAGUGGAGGAAAUAUUUUGGGAUUAAGAGAGAAGUGAAAGUUUUUCUUGAGCGAAUGGUGCCUUGCAAGACCUGUGAAGAAUAUUAUGGAACAACAGAAGAGGAUCGUCAGAAGCAUCAAAUGGGCCACAAAAAAUCAUGA